AUGAAGUUCGGCACCACCCUGCGCAAGAGCGUGUAUGCACCAUGGAAGGACAAGUACGUCGACUAUGACAAGCUCAAGAAGCUCCUCAAGGACAACGAAGACGAUGAGACGUGGACCGACGACGACGAGGAGGCGUUUGUGAAUGAGCUUGCCAACGUGCAGCUGGAGAAGGUACACACCUUCAUCCAGGACAUCUCGCAGAAGCUGCGCGACCGCACCUCGGCCUGCGAGAAGAAGCUGGAGCCGUUGGCCAUAGGCAUCCAGACGCAGGACAAGGAGGAUGGCAAGGACAGCGACAACAAGAACGACGAGGGCGAGGGCUUGUUUGCACAAGCCGGCGACGCGAGCAAGAAGCAGGAGCUCAGCAAAGAGGACCGCGAGAAGCUCCUCAAGGACGUGUUGCGGGAGCUCGACAGCAUCACCCAGGAGACCAAGGAGCUCGAGGGCUUUAGUAGGCUGAAUUUCACCGCCGUCAUCAAGGCGACCAAGAAGCACGACAAGCUUCGCGGCGUCUCGUACAAGCUGCGGCCCUUCAUCGACGCGCGCAUAACAAAGCGCCCGCUGCACACCGAGGAUGCCUCGCCGCUGCUCUACCGCCUCUCUGCGUUGUAUUCCUUCGUCCGCCAGAGCCUCGACGGCAAGGCCAAGGAGUCCUUGUCCUUCAGCGAGGAGACCGCCGGCGGCGAGGGUUUCCGCUCUCUCAAGUUCUGGGUCCACAUGGACAACCUCUUCGAAGUCAAGACGGUCAUUCUCCGCCGCCUCCCCGUCCUCGUCUACAACCCGCAGUCGUCCAAGAUCGCCGAGGGCAACCAACGCGACCCCACAAUCACUUCCAUCUACUUUGACAACCCCAACUUCUCCCUGUAUACGGACAAGGUCAACAGCAAGCCAGACGCUGCUUCGCUGAGGCUAAGGUGGUUUGGCCAGCUGAGCGAGAAGCCAGAGAUCAUGUUCGAAAAGAAGAUGAUGAAGAAGGGCGACGACGCCGAAGAGGUCAGAUUCCCCAUCAAAGCAAAAUACGUCCAGGCCUUCCUGCAGGACAAGUACCACAUGGAGAAGAGCAUCGAGAAGCUGGAGUACCGACCGAACAAGAACCAGAAGGAUGUCGACCAGCUCAAGAAGGCAGUCACGGAGAUUCAGAGCUUUGUCAAGGACCAGAAGCUCCAGCCUGUGCUGCGAGCCAACUACACUCGCACCGCGUUCCAGUUCCCGGGCGACGACCGCAUCCGCAUCUCCCUCGAUACCAACCUCGCCUUGAUUCGCGAAGAUGCCUUGGAUAUGGACAGACCGUGCCGUGAUCCCGACGACUGGCACAGACGUGACAUCGAUAACGGCAACAUGGAGUUUCCCUUCAAGUCCAUCAAGAAGGGCGAGAUCCACAAGUUCCCAUAUGCUCUGCUCGAGAUCAAGAUCAAGGGCACCAAGAAGUACGAAUGGAUCGAGGACCUCACAGACUCACACUUGGUCAAGGAGUCGCCUCGCUUCUCAAAAUUCGUCCAAGGUGUUGCGAAGCUCUUCGAGGACAACGUCAACACAUUCCCCUUCUGGCUCAGCGAAGUCGACAACGACAUCCGCAAAGAGCCGGAGACAGCCUUCGAUGAGGAGCAGGAGCGAAAGCGCAAGGCUGCGGAAGACGACUUCGCAGUGGGCUCACUCUUCGGCGCCCGGGCGAGCCCAAGUUACCGUCCUUCAAUCUCAUCACCCGUAGGCACACCAGCUGGCGCACGCUCGGCACCCAAGAACGCAAGCUCAGCAGCACACUCGCAACCCGUCGUGAAGGCGCCAGUUGUGGGUUCACAUCUUUCCCACGUCUCACAAGCACAGCACGAGAAUGGUGACCGCACAGCAGAGGAUGUCGAUUCCGACGAGGAUAAUGGCCCCAGAAUGGGCAAGGCUAGUGGUCUUGGCUCUCUCUUCCCCUCCUUCUCUACCUCCAAGUACGCACGCAAGCAACGCAACAAGAUCCAAUUACCUCCUGGCAUUCGCGACCCCGGCAUUUGGAUCAAAGAUCAAGGGCCUGUGCGUGUUGAGGCCAAAGUCUGGCUCGCGAACCAACGGACGUUCAUAAAGUGGCAGCACGUUAGCGUUCUGCUAGCCUCGCUGUCCCUAGGCCUGUACAACGCCGCUGGUGAGGGAAACAACAUUGCGCGCGCCCUGGCCGUUGUGUACACUUGCGUCGCAGCGUUCACACUUGCCUGGGGCUACGGCAUGUACAUGUACCGGAUGAAGUUGAUUACGGAGCGCAGUCCCAAGGACUUUGAUGCCAUUACGGGACCCCUGGUGGUAUGUGUGGGACUGGCAGUUGCGUUGUGCUUGAACUUUGGAUUUAAGUACAACGCGCUCGUCAAUGAGAAGCAGCACCAUGGUGGUGCCAAUGCGACAUUUGUUGAUGAGAGGAUGGAAUUGAGGAUAUAA